GUCAUCAUCCAGAUCUUCAUCUUGUUGGGUGGAAUAAUGUGAAAAUUGAUAUAUGGACGCAUUCUGUGAGUGGACUUACAGAAAAUGAUUUCAUACUAGCUGCCAAAGUUAAUGGGCUUGAUGUGCAGCACCUUCUCAGCGAGAAACUUAGCAGACCAGCGCAAACCGGCGCUUAAUCUUCCAAGUUUAGGGUUGUAUUUUGAUAUUAGUUUCUCUCAUACUUGAUGUCAUGGAUGUUUGAGUACCGUUUUCUUUUAUUAAAGAAUUGAAAUCUAGAGGACGUCUUUCCUAGGGGCAUUUUGUUCAUACUAAAGUUAUGCAUUUCAGGCAAAUCCCAUUUCUUUGACGA